UUUUCUUCACACCAACAAAAAUAAACAAUACAUCUGUUCAAUUUCAAUUUCAAUUUCCUCCGUCUCUCUCAGCCAUGGCUUCUCUCCUCCGUCUCCCCGUCGCCGCCGCCGUGAUCUUCCUCCUCGCUCUCUCCGCCGCCACCGUCUCCGCUCGCCCUUGCCGUACCUUCAUAAUCUCCUCCUACUCCUUCCGCAACCCUUCCUCCAACACCUUCGCCACCAUCACCGAGAUCCGAUCCAUCUCCCCUCUCAUCACCAACGACAAACCCUACGGAAUCUUCCUGGAUCGCCCGAUCCAACACCAGAACCUAGAAUCUCACUCUCACGCGUCGCAUCCACGCGGCCCUCUAGGGUUUUCAACCGACGCCGAUUUCUCUUCCCUCCGCGAUCGUACUAAGGAUAUCCUCAGCGUCGCACUUGCCUUGCUUUUCGGAGUUGGAUGUGGGGCCCUCACCGCCGCCACCAUGUACUUGGUCUGGUCCGUCUUCACCGCCCGCCAUGAAUUCCGCUCCGCCGCUUACGGAGAAUUCUCCGACGACGAGAUUGAAAGCCCUAAGAAAGUUGGUUACGUCAAGAUUCCGGCGGCUGAAGUCGCUGCUGCUGCUCCCGCACCGCCGGCUAAGGAAUCGGUAUGAGAAUUUAUAAAUGGAUAUUUAGUAAUUCGUAGUAUUAUCGUGUGGUUUAUGUGUUGUUAAUAAUUAUAGUCGAAUUUUAAUGUAAAAGAAACACCUUAAGGUGCAAACUCUUCUAUGUACCUUUGAUUGUUCCUUUAUUACAUGUUUACUUUUGAACUCUAUGUAUUUGCAAUGUUUUAGGAUUAUUACUUGCAAAACCCUAGUGUUGGUGAUGUUGGAUUUCUGUGUUGAUGGUUUCAAUGAUGAAGCCUUAAAUUAUUAUGUGUGA